AUGUUUAAAAAACUCACCAAAUUCAUCACGAAUCAAGGGGAUCAAAGCGCAGACCUGGUCCCUGUUGAGAGCUUAGCAGACAAUGAGAACUUUGGACUCCUCUGCCUGCUGAGAAGGAAACCCAAAACCAUGUUCCACCCAAGCCCCUACUACAAGAGGACAGGGUUCAGGCUGCUCGAUGUGCUGGUGCCUGAAGGGGAUGAGAAAAGCACAGAGUCUCUCCAGACCAUGAGAGAUGGUGAAGGUUCUACAGUAUUUACUCUCACCAAAUGCACCACUGACCAUGUGGAUGGGGAUGUCAGCUUUUCUGUCAGCCCUGUGAGUAUGGAGAUAAAAGGAAAAACCUCCUUGUCCACGGAGUUUUCCAUCAAGCCACAGAAGAAGUAUAUCCUCAUGGAGUCACUGGAGGGGCUGAGAAGAGAAAGGAGAAUCAACAUGGAUCACUCCUUCAUCCAACAGCUGCAGAGAACUCACUUCAAUCUCUACGUGGUCCAUGAGACCCUGGAGGCCUCAGAGGAGAUAACCUACAAGGAAUCCUCCAAGGCUGAUGGAAGCUUCAAGACCAAAGUUUAUGCCACGCUGUGCACACAGGGCAUCACAGAGAGAAAACAAAGCAUAGUCAUACCCAAGGGCUGUGUCUUGGCCUUCAGGCCCAUCCAGAUCAUCAUCAGGGAUGGAGCAUGGGGUCCCUUACAAGGGAAAUUAGGAGAAGUGAUGGGAGAAGUCACCAUCAACUGUCGAGUUUUCUCCGAGUUGUCUUCUCACCUGCUGCCUGUGUUCUUAAAUGCCAUCAAAGCUGUGAUGAGAGACAGGAACCUCUUUCAAGAGCUUAGUGAGAAACUGGAAUCAGUUGUUGUGGAAACUGAUGUUUAUGAGCUGAAAACAGAAAGCCAAGACUUAAAAGACCUGUUGAGCCUCUUGAAGGAGUCUUCGAGAGAUCUUUGUGUUCAGCUGGCAGAGGCAAUCACCUACAGCCUCGACGCUCUGGCUGAGCUCCUGGAGGAUCAGCUGCCGCUGCUGCUGAAAUCCCUGGAAGGGAAGAUUGUGUCCCAACAGCUGAAGUUGGUUGCAAACCUCUUGGAACAUGACCUGGAGCAGGCGCAGAAGCCUUUCCAGGUGGAUGCCAAGCUGCUCUCCUUCCCAGGAGAGGAGGAGCAGAGGUUGACCGUGGCCCUGGUGAGGCUGAGUGGAGUGGAGCUCCAGGAGGAUGGAUCAGCUCUCCCUGUGGAGCAAUGCCUCCCAGCUGUGGCAGCCCUGUACGUGGUCCUGUGUGUCCUGAACCUCCUGAGUGGCCCAGCUUAG